UUACAUUUUGAACAUUUUGGAAUUCAUUUGUUGUGGAAUCUGCCAUGGUUGCUAGGCAACGGGACAACAACAAAAAAAGGGCAAACAUAAAGGGUACAGGCAAGCUGAUGACAUCAUAAAGGCAAGAGAACUCUGCUCAGAGCACACUCUCAUUUCAGUAGUGACUGACGUCGGCUGACUAGCACAUCGCUCUGUCAUGGCUUACCCUACCAUUAGCAACCACAUGUCAAACCACAAGAUUUCAAGUAAAUCUGAGCUCUCGUGGUACGAAAUGGUUGUACAACAGGUGGAAGUCGAUUAUGAUGAAAUAAUUGACUUUGAUAUGGACUGUGAACAGCAGGUGACCCUUAAACAAGAAAUGGAGACUCCUGAGUUUAAGGAAACCGAAAACCAAUCCACUAUUUCUGCUGAGCCAAAGAUUCCUCUUCAGGAACUUCUGAAACAGGAAAAUGACAAAAGAGUGGCAGCAGAAGCUUGCUACCUAUCAUUUAUAGAACAGACUGAAGAAUUAGACAAGUGGAUGGAUUGUCAGCAGAACAAGUUUGUGACGCUGGACAUGAAAUUACAGGAGCAGAAGAACGUAAACGAGGAUUUAAAUCAGAUCUGCUCUGAUCUUAAAGGAGAAACAGAAGAGGGCUCUAGGUUUUCUGGAAUACCAAGAAAAGGUUUGGAAACUAUGAUUAUGGAUCUGGAAAUGCAGCUGAGUGAUGAAAACGCAGACCGAAUCAAGACUGAAAAGAAACUUGACGAUAAGCAGGUGAGUUUCAAACAGCAGCUUGAACAAAAAGACUUGCUCUGUGAAAAUCUGCAGGACAAUUUAAACCAGGAACGCCAGCUCAGACUCAGCUAUGAGCAAGACCUGAAGAACUCCCAGCAUAUAGUCACGGUGAACGAAAACCUGAAGGAGGUCAGAGACCUGAAGAGACAGAACAGUGACUUAAGAAAGAUGCUGGAUAAAGUCAAGAGAGACCAAAGACUCGCAGAGACAAAACGUCUAGGAGAGCAAAACUAUUUCAAACACCAGCUCAAAGAAAAGAAACUGGUUUGUGAAAAUCUAGAAAAGAGUCUCAGCAAAGAAAGCCAGCGUCGUCUGCUCUGUGAAAAAGAGCUGAAAGAAACCAAAGAUCAGAUUAGUGUGAUGAGCGGAAACAUGAAAAAACUAACAAUCGAUCUGAACAAGACAAACGUGGAGCUCAGCGAGAAGCUAGCUAAGGCAGAUGAGAUGUCUGAAGAGCUGGAGAGCUGUAAACAGCAGCUCCAGCAGAAAUCUUCUGUCUGCGAAGAGCUUCGAGAGAGUCUGACCAAAGAACGACAGCUUAGACUUAAUAAUGAAGCUGAACUGAUGGAAAACAAAGUGAAACUCGUUGAGAUUUCUCAGCUGAAGCAGGAAAAAGACCAGUUGCAGCAGAGAAACAUCUAUCUCUGUGUCACGAUGUACCAACUGAGCUGCGGAAGAAAUGAGGAAGUAGAGAAAUUUAAAACACAGCUGACACAAACUUGUGAAAUACUCCAAAACAAUCUCACUGAAGAGAGAAAGCUCAGACUGAGUUAUGAGGCGGAGCUGGAUAAAAACAGGGCUAUAAUUAGUGAGAAUUCUCACCUCAAAAACGAAAUCAUCGAUUUAAAGCAGAGAAACGCGGAUCUCUGCCAGAUGAUAGAGAAGGAGAGCUUCAGGAAAAUUGAACUGGAGAAGACAUUUGUUAUGGAGUUGGACAGCUUGAAGACACAGCUUACAGAAAAGACUUCAGUCUGCGAACAACUACGAACCAGAAGAGACGAGGAACUGGAGAACUUUAAAACACAGCUGACAGAAAUUUCUGAAGAACUCCAAAACACUCUCUCUGAAGAGAAAAAGCUCAGACUGAGUUAUGAGGCGGAGCUGGAUAAAAACAGAGCUAUAAUAAGUGAAAAUUCUCACCUCAAAAACGAAAUCAUCGAUUUAAAGCAGAGAAACGCGGAUCUCUGCCUGGUGAUCGACCAGCAGAACGUUCAAAGAGCCGAAUCAGACAGGAAGCUAGCUCAGGAGCUGCAGAGCGUCGAGCAGCAGCUGCAACGUAAAACUUCUGUCUGCGAAGAGCUUCGAGAGAGUCUGACCAAAGAACGACAGCUUAGACUUAAUAAUGAAGCUGAACUGAUGGAAAACAAAGUGAAACUCGUUGAGAUUUCUCAGCUGAAGCAGGAAAAAGACCAGUUGCAGCAGAGAAACAUCUAUCUCUGUGUCACGAUGUACCAACUGAGCUGCGGAAGAAAUGAGGAAGUAGAGAAAUUUAAAACACAGCUGACACAAACUUGUGAAAUACUCCAAAACAAUCUCACUGAAGAGAGAAAGCUCAGACUGAGUUAUGAGGCGGAGCUGGAUAAAAACAGAGCUAUAAGUAGUGAGAAUUGUCACCUCAAAAACGAAAUCAUCGAUUUAAAGCAGAGAAACUCGGAUCUCUGCCUGGUGAUCGACCAGCAGAACGUUCAAAGAGCCGAAUCAGACAGGAAGCUAGCUCAGGAGCUGCAGAGCGUCGAGCAGCAGCUGCAACAUAAAACUUCUCUUUGUGAAAACCUGAAAGACGGUUUCUCCAACAGACUUACCCUCAUGCAUGAACUGUAUGAGAAACUGGAGUCAAAAACGAGUCUCUGUGAUAAACUGGAGAAGCAGUUUAUAGCAGAGCAACAGCGGAGACUCGGUCUGCAGUCUGAGCUCAACAGGGUUAAGGAUCUCAUCACAUUAGAAAAUAUGGAAGACACCGAGCCAAACGAGUUUUUAAUAAACUGCAGGUCCCAAGGAGAACUUCCACAAUCCGUCAGCAGCAAACGGGAAAAGAUCUCCAAGUGGAGAUGCUUCAAGAAGUGUAUAACUCCGACGUGUCUCCGUAAACACAAACGCACAUCUGACGACUAACCACUCCCCCUCAAGAAACAGCUAAUCUGAUGACGAGUGAAUAUGAUUACCCCUAUUUUAGCAGACUUACACCGACUUCCUGAUUUUAGUUUGACGGCCCCUAUCGAACCCACUCAGGCGGUGACACGGUCCUCUCCCACGAGUUUCUGUGGCGUCUGAAAACCCACGUUUUUAGCUUAGCUUGUGUUUAAACGCUGGUGAUCAGUCGUGUCUGUUAGAGACCACAGGGAGGCCGUUCUUUUAUGUUCAUGACCUGACUUGUCCAUCUCACCCCCCUCCCCCUUAUGAAAAAAAGGGGCAUCAUGGUGACACAGUGAUUAGCACUGUUGCCUCUCAACAAGGUUGCAGGUUGAAAUCUCAGCUGUUGUCAUGUUUGAGGGUAAUUUCUUGACCCACGACAUGAAGAAUCAGCAUCGAGAGACAGAAGGUAAGUUUAAAUGAUUUAUUUUGAAUGGGAGAGGUAGCCGAAGCUUCUGCAGGACUGGAGGGAUCCGUGGGGUCUGAGAGAGGAAGAGAGGUCAGAGUCUGGAGCAACGUGAGACGAUGAUGAAAAAAUAAGAAGGCUUACUGUUUCCUGAAUGAUCCGGUAUUUUGUGUGUGUGUGUGUGUGG